UUUUCCCCCAAAAAGUUUUUAAUUUACAUUACCUUUUUCUUUUUGUGACCCUCAAUCCCAAAUUAAAACAAAACUCCUUUUUCACGGUGUUUCAGACGGCGUAGCUCCAGUAACCUCCCCUUGUUCCUUUCUAAAUUCUCUCUCCUACUCCUGCAUUAUGGCCGGAAAAUCUCCCCCCUCUGGUUAUAACACCAUCACACCACCCCACAACUCCCUUGAAAUGGAGGAUUCAACCUUCAAGCGCAAGACUGACUCCGAACCUUCCAAUUCUUCUACACUCAAGAAACCAAAACUAGACGCCAUACAAAAUCUGACGGAACAUCAACCAAAUUCAAAUUCAUAUUCUGCAAAUGAUGGCGAUUCUACGAGCCGCUUCGUCAUCAUCGACGCUGCUGUUGCCGAGGAUAAGGGAUCCCGGCACACUAUGGAGGACGCCUGGGUUAUACUCCCUAACCCCAAUUUUGAUGAUUCCUCCAAAUUAAGAUGCGCACACUUUGCCAUAUAUGAUGGACAUGGUGGUCGGUUAGCAGCUGAAUAUGCACAGAAACAUUUACAUUCUAAUGUUCUUUCAGCAGGAUUACCACGUGAGUUGUUGGAUGUCAAAGCUGCCAAGAAAGCGAUCCUUGAUGGUUUUCGUACAACUGAUGAAGCCCUUCUGCUAGAUAGUGCAGCUGGUGGAUGGCAUGAUGGUGCUACUGCUGUAUGUUUAUGGGUACUGGGACAAACAGUUUUUGUAGCUAACAUUGGAGACGCAAAGGCGGUGGUGGCGAGAUUUACUAGUGCUGGUGAUCAGAAUGACUCAAAUGGUUUCAUUCCUUUGAAGGCCAUUGUUUUAACGAAAGAACACAAAGCUAUAUACCCACAGGAGCGUGCUCGGAUUCAAAAGGCUGGAGGCUCCGUCAGCACAACUGGACGCCUGCAGGGCCGCCUUGAUGUUUCUAGAGCUUUUGGGGAUCGACAGUUCAAAAAGGUGGGUGUUAUUGCGACACCACACAUCCAGUCGUUUGAUCUCACCGAAAAAGAGCACUUCAUUAUUCUUGGCUGUGAUGGCCUUUGGGGGGUGCUUGGACCUAGUGAUGCUGUUGAUUUUGUGCACAAGCUCUUAAAAGAAGGUGUACCUGUUGCGAAUGUUUGCCGCCGGCUUGUCAGAGAAGCUGUUCUUGAGAGAGGUUGCAAGGAUAACUGCACUGCAGUGAUCAUUGUUUUCAGACACAAAUAGGGUAUUAACUUGUUUUAAUCUUUUGAAGAAAGUACUAAGUAGGCAUUUCUUCUUCUGGUAAGUCUUAUGAAACACGAGGGCUUGACAGUGGCGCUUGUACAUCUAAAAAUGUUGAGGUUUUCCUAUUUGUUGUGCAAUAUGUAUCUUCCUUAAUUACUUAACCUAGUGACUUAGGUGGAGGGUCCUGUUGUAUCUGUAGUCUGCCUACAGUUACACCACCGGAUUUAUCAUUUAUAUGUACUAUACAUCAUGUCCUCACUCA